AUGGGGAAAGACGCGACGGUCUUUGCCGAGGCCGACGCGCACGAGGCUGCAAGCAAGCGCGCAGAAGAGGAAGGUCGGGCGCUCGAUGGCUACACCUUUAUCCCGCCGCCGCUGCGCCGCCACUUUAAGCGCGCGCGGGGCGUCCAGCGCUCCAACCAGGCCGACGCGCUCGUGUCGUCGGACCCGCGCGCCAUUACGCUUGCGCGGUACGCUCGCACGGCGCGCCUCUUGCAGCACGCGACCCCCGAAUUCCACGCACACUUGUACCCGUCCGAGGUCGAGGACUUUAUCUUCACGCAGGUGAGCUACGAGCGCGCGCUCGCCAAGCUCCGUUUGCUCGAGCAAGGCGGUGCCUCGUGGACCGUCGUCCAGCUGCAACGACAAGUGAUUAAUCUUGUCGACACGUGCUUGAAAGGCCUUUGCGACGUGUACCUUGGCCUGCUCCAGCCCAAGCGAUCGACACUCUUAUUCACCGCCGCGUCGCCCCGAAGCAACAUGCUCGGCAAGAGCCUUCCGAGCGGCAAGGGCAUUUCAUUUCAUGCGAUCGACGACGACGACAUUGUGGUGUGCGAUGACAUUGCGACCGACGAUGCGAUCGAAAGCUUUGGCCCGCACCGAUGCGGUCCUUUUGCGGCGCUCCCGCUUCCCGGCCGACUGUGCGGCGCCCGCUGCCCCAUCGGCGUCCUCGCCGUCGACGCAACCCGGUGCGCGUGGCAGAGCCACCCGGGCGCCAUGACCGUGCUCGACGUCCUUGCCUUCCUGCGCACGUAUGGCCUCGACGACGUGGUGCCCACGUUUCAAAAGCACGAGAUUGACGGUCCGUCGCUAUUGGCACUCAAAGACCUCAACCUCGAGUUCACGCUGGGCGUCUACCGCGUGCACACACGGACCAAGCUGCUGUCGCUCAUCGAGGGUCUCAACGCCGGCCUUCCGCUGCACCUUCCGGAGACACCAGCGCGCUUUGUCGACGCGCCCGAGACGAUGCAGUUUCUCACCCGCGUCGCCGAUAUGGCCGGCCCGCUCCUUGCGUGCGCGCGCCGACGGGAGUGGCAUGGGCGCUUAAAAGAGGCGACCAAGGACGGCACGUGCACGCAGUACGAUCUGUACCACAUUGUGAUCCAGGCGCUGCUCCACUGCGUUCUCAACAUCACGGGUGUUGCGAUCUGGCGCGUGCUGCUGUCGCCCAUGGAGCUUCUUAAGUCGACAGUGGUGCUUCUAGGCGCGUGCGACGUGCCGUCGGACCGCUUGGCGCCGUUCGUGCAUUGCAGCGAGAAGGCCAUGAAGCGCGUCCCGCUCUUUAAAGAAACAUCCUCGUCCCUGCUGCGGGGCAAUAUUGUGCACGUGGCGCCGGCACUCGGGCCGAAAGAAGCCACGACGUACUCGGUCUCGUGGAGCAAUCGCGCCGUCGAAGACGUGAAUUGGCACACGCUGAGUCGACUACUGCCGGUGCGCUUGCUCAACACCCAGCACUUUCAGCUCCAAGGCGUCCUCGCCGGCCUCGACGCCAACAGCGGUGAUUUUCUCGUGCCAUUUCCGGCCCAAUCGACCAAAGUCUGGGUGCAGCCCUUUGCGGACGAGCCCAAGUUCAAGUAUGUCAUCGUGACGACGCUCCAUGAAGCCGCUGACAUCUCGGACGCAGUGACCUUCCUCUCGCAGCUCCUACCCGAGUUGGACACGACGCUGCGCUGCGUGCGCGGACGCCAGAGGCGCCAUCUGCAGCGAACGGAAGCGGUUGCGCGUCUGCGGCAGUGGACGGCCGCGCUCGCAAUGACGCCGUCUCCCGACGCCUUGAGAGCACUGGACGAGCUACUCGGUCGCAUGGCCGACGAGGUACAGCUCUGCCUUCCUGGCACACAGAGUGCCGUUUGGGAGUUGACGCCCUCGGCCAAGUCAUUGCGCUGUACGUUCGCGUACCACGGCGGCGCUCAUCUCGUCGGCUUGGAGUUGGACGUGCACGCUGCGGAAAUCGCCGACUGCUUGAGCUCCCGGUCGCCGAUAAUUCUGCGCUCGGUAGCGCGGCUGAGUUUUCUGCAAGACGAAGCGAUGCUACCCGUCGUGCUAUUGCCCCUCCUCCACGACGACGCCCUCGUUGGCGUGCUCGUUGUCUUUGAUUUUCGCUCGGUCGAGAAAGGCAGAACCGACGAGAGCCACCCCGAGCAUGGUGUGAUGCCAUUUCUGGAAGUGGCUGCCCGCGGCAUGGCCGCCGCGCUCCGGCUCAAGCGCCGCGCCGCGCGCCUGCACGCGCUCGCCAACAUUGUCGACGCCGACGCGUUUGCAGCGCCCGCGCAGGUCUUUGCCUCGGCGCUGCAGUGCCUUCAGUCGUCGCUCCUCGGCGUCCUCAAGGCCCGGCUUCUCGUCAUCCGGAAGAGCGACGGCAAGCCCACUGUGGUGGCCGACACCAACGAUGUCACGCACUGGCCGCAACUCGACCUGGCGUACGUCGAGGGCGCCCGUGUCCGCCUGCGCGAGCUCCGAUGGUCCACAUUUCAGACGUACCACCAACUCGACGACGCGACGCUGGCUGCCAUCGUGACGCGCGUGACGUCAUCGCCGAGUCUCUUGAGCAAGUCGCUUUGCAGCGCGGAUGUCAAGUACGUCGAGACGCUGUCCGAGCCGCCGGCGCCGAUCGAGUCGAGCAAGAACCUGCGCCAGACGCUCGAAGCGGCCUACCAAGUGAUUUUCGGCAACCAACCGUUUCUCACAGCGCUCGUGCCCGCGCUGUGUACGACCUCCCACAUCGUCGCGCUCACGGCGGCGCUACCCGCGCACUAUUGCUUUGCCGCCGAGCCGGCUUUUCUCGAGACCGUUGCACGCACUCUCUCAAGUGGCAUCGAGCGCCUCGCCGGGCGCUAUGACCGGGUGCGGGCCCGCGCCGCGAGCCUUGAGGCGCUCGACGCGUUUGUCACAGCGCACAAAACGAUCGCAUUGCCGCUCGUGUCGCCACACGACGAGCAGAGCGCCGAAGUGCGUCUGGAUUUGCAGCACAGGACGCUGUCGCUGCUGGCGUCGACGCUGACGGGGUGCCACGCGUACGUUGGGCUGCGGCAACCCGCACUUGACCGCAUCGUCUUCACGGCAGCCUCGUCCAAUAGCCACAUGCUCGGAAAACAGCUCGUGCGCGGGAAGAAAGGCGGCGUUGGCUUUGAGGUUCUUGCGUCGCAGUCGCCGGUUGUGCUCACGCAAGCUUCGCAGCUCCGCGUGCUUCGGCACUUUGGCCGACCCGACGCGCUGGUUUUGCCGUACAUGGCCGUGCCCAUUGGCACGCUCGGUGUCCUAGCGCUCGACGAUCUCAGCGCAUACGGACCACCGCACGAGUCCCAGCCCGAAAUGGGCGUCGAAGACUUUCUCGUGCGAUGCGGGCAGACGUUGGCGACCGGAUUGGAAGCCACGCGAGCGCAAACUGCAGCGUACCGCGCCCAGCUCCGCGAACGGGGUGUGCAGAACGCACUUGUGCUCAGCGACAACGCCCGACCGUCCGAGCGCGACGUCCACGCCGCGUGCCUCGCACUCGUCCAUGCCACCUUUGCCGGCGCCAAGGGGUACGUCGCCAUGGUCACGCCGUUUAGCAACGAGAUGCGCGUCACGAUGGCGUCCGAGAGCCCAUUGGUCCAUACCAUCGACGCGUCGUCCCCUAUCUUUGCCGCGUUCCAGCACCAAGCGCCCGUUGUCGCCGCCCACGUUCAAGACGAAGCUGACAUCGCUCGCGUCGUGAGCGACCAAACAGGCGCGUUUGUCGCUGUCCCGAUUCCGUAUCUCGGUGUUCUCGCCGUGACGUCUUUUGCGGGGGCGGCGGGCGGCCCGUACACGGCGACGAUCCCGGAGGCUGGCACUGUGUCCUGCCUCGAGGCCAUCGGCGCACACCUUGGGUCGGUCGUGCGCACCAAGCGGCUCCACGAGAGCCAGCGCGUGCUCUCGUCGGUCUUUCUUGGCAACCGCUCGAGCUUUCAAACGCUCUUUGCGACCAUCAGCGACGAGCUGGCGUCCAACAUUCCGUCGGCGAUCCGCAUCGACGUCUGGUACAUUUUUGAAGGCGACCACCCGCCGCUGCCGCAGUUUACAGCCUCCAGUCGUAUCCAUCCGACGUCGCCAAGCUUGCGGCAAGACGACGUCGACCAGAUGCGCGCGGUCGACACGCCCGAGUCGAUUCCCGAGACGAACGCGCUGCUUCUGCCCCUUGCGAUGCACGACCCGUACGUCGUGGGCCCUCAAGUCGUUAAAAGCGUGCUACUGCUGACGCGGCUACCGGGCGUCGACUGGCCGCAUGACCUCGACGUGCUCAAGCGACUGCAACCGCUCAUCGACAAUGCCUUGACACUCGCCAGUCACCGCGCGGCCGCCGACGUCGCGCGUCGCAAAGCACUUGUCCGUCUCGACAGCAUCCGAGACGACACGCUCCAGCGGCCCAGCCACGACGCGUAUGCGAAUUUGCACGCGACCCAAGAUGCGUGCCUCGAUGCGAUCGCCGACGCACUCGGCGCUGGCACCGACGUCUACCUCGCGUACUUGGAGCCGCGCUUCACCGAGUUUGCCACGAAGGACUUGGAUGGACUCAUCUUUCGCAGUGCGUCCCGCGAGAGCCUCAUGCGCAACGUGGUCUUGGAAUCGGAAGACCUCCUGAGCUUUCAGUGCCUUCGCACCCAAGAGCCGAUCGUCAUCAACCACCUGAGUGCACAAACGGGCAAAACUGUGCGCUUCUGCACCAGUCGUCGGGCGACGCGCGCGUAUGCCGUCGUGCCACUCAGCACGCUCGGCGUCCUCGCGGUCGAUAGCUUUGGCGUCCACUGCUUUACGACCAAGAACGAGCUGGAGAAAGACGUCUUGUCGUUUCUGCUGGACGCAUCGCAGCGGCUCGCGGCGCUGUAUGAAGACACGCACCAGCGCUACAGCCGUGACCGCAUUGUCAGCGUCGGCUCGGACCUGCAAGCGCUGUACGCCGAGACGCUCGCUGCCGCGUACCGCGACGUGACCCACGUGCACAGCGGCCACGUGCUGGGCCUCGCACCCGACUUUACCGGCGAGCUCGAGGUGCUCUCUUGGCUCAAGUAUCGCAACCGGCGGCCGGUGAAGGCGCCGCGCCACUACUGCUACGAGCAGCGCUGUCGAAAACACUAUGUUCGAGACCUCAUCCACUACGACUGCAUUCGGUUGCCCAUGACCAACUGCCCGCGAACGCUCGACGAUGCGCGAUCGAUGGCGCCGGAUCCGAUCUUGGCUGCCACCGGGCUCGAGGUCCGUGGCAACUACCCUACGUUUGCUGCCAUGAUGGACGGCAAGAUGGUCGCGCCCCGGAUCGCGUUCGUGCUUUACCGCAAAGCCGGACGCAGCUUUUCCGAGAGGGACACUGCGUCGCUUCGUCGUCUUCUCACGACGGCCCAAGACGCCUACGUCGCCGCCUUUACCGCUCUCGUGCUUGAGAGUCUCUCGAUUGAAGUGCUCUUCUUUGCGAGAGAGAUGCUCCAGGCCAAAGACGGGUUUGUGGCCCGCGGAUCGCCAUUGCCUGUCCUCGCCAUUUCGACCAACGAAGCCAAGUACCCGCUUGGGCCGCUAAAAAAGUCCAAGAAGCAAACCACCCGUCUCAUCGCGUUUGCUGCCAACGACGUACCCGUCGCGGUCGCAACGAUUCUUCCGGCCGUCGUUGCCGUUGCGACGCCGGCUCCGACGACGACAACGGUGCCGCCACCGGCAACUUCCGUGCCACCGGCAAAGGCGUCCAAGCUCACGACGCGCUUUCGUCCAAAGCCGAAACAACCAGCGCUGGCGCCAACACCCGUCGCCGAUGUCGUCACCAAGGCGCCAACUAGUGCUGUGCACCACGAAGUAUUGCUCCGGCUCCCGCAUCAUGAAUUUCUUUUGCUCGACGUGUUUGUGGUCCCUGGUAUCCUGGACGACGCUUCGUCGGUCGCGCGAACGACGAUGGUCGACUGGAUCGCGACGGCGUCGACGACCGCGCUUCGGUUCCGCGAAAAGCCCGCGGGCAACGAACGCACCGUGGGGUACCUCCUCGACAUGUGGUUCCAAGCGUCUCGGACGACGUAUGGGGCCGGCCGACUAAGCAUCGAGCACGAAGCUCGGGUGCACCUCGAUGCGCUCGUCGCCGUGCCACCGACACCGUGCCCGGAUGUUAUCGGUACCGUGUUUACCGCCGCAUUGGUCGCUUGCGGCGUCAAGCGCGACGUCAUUACGACGCCCCGGGUGGCAUUGGAACUUUUCCUCUCCAAGAAAGCUGCCACAUAUCUCUUUGAGAGCGACCCGUUUGAUCCAAAGUUGAGAAACCGCGUGUGGACCAGUGCGUUCAAGUGCCGGACCUUUCUCACGUCGUUUUCGCUCCUGCAGCUGUUGCCGCAACUGUCGCCGCCACUGAACACGCUUCUGCGGUAUCUACUCCUGCUCAUUGCCGCCGCGCGCUUCCUCAAGCGCGACGCCGACGACGCGAAGGCCAAGCGCGCGCACCUGAGCGCAGCGGCCGUUGUGCUGCAGUGCCGCGUUCGGUGCAUCUUUGCGAGCCGGGAGCUCGCGCGGCGGAGGCGCCAGCGCGACGCCGCCAUUCGCAUCCAGAGCGUCGGUCGCAUGUACCUCGCGCGGCGAAAAGUGCUUCGUAUGCGCCAGUAUCAAGCCGCACGUCGCCUACAAACCUGGUGGCGGCGCCUCAAGGGGCCAAAGCAGCCGACUGCACUGUCGACCAAGCAGCUCUUGGACCACGUGCACGCACUUCAAGCGCGGUACGCCACCGUCGACUCGGAGACAGCGACGGCCGACGACGUGAGUGCGUGGGGAGACAUCUCGACGACCGAGUCCUUUGACACCUUCCUCGCAAGUCGACACGGCAAAACCAUGCUCGCCAAGGAGGAGCGCGGCCUCGGUGCGCGCAUGAAAGCCCGCGUCAAGGCACGAAUGGAGCUACCACUCGAGGCUCGGCUGGAGGAGGAAGUCCAAGACCUCUUUGAUUUCUUCGACCCCAUGGGUGUCGGGUCCAUCUCGCGGGACGAUACGAAAGUGGUGAUUGCCAAGCUUCGGAUUCCGCUGGUCGACGACGAGCUCGACGACGUGGUGAGCAUGAUCGACAACGACAAGUCGGGCGACGUGAGCGUCCGUGAGUUUUGCUCGUGGUUUCUGUACGAGUACCCGACGCUGCGGAAGCGGUCGGCCGACUGCGGCAGUCUCUCGCGCGCGGACCGCGACUGGUUUGUGCACACGAUGGCCAAGCGCUUCUUGCAACAAAAGUACAACAUCCAGCGCGCAAGGACGGCGGCAACAAAGCCAAACCUUGACGACUAGCGAACUAAGAUCGAAGGUGCGCAGUACAGUUCAAUCUUUAAAUUCUAC